AUGGCAGAACCCAACAAAUCUCCCGAGGAUCCUCUCCAAUGCCCUUCUCUCUUCGAGAACCUCGAAGAUUUACGAUGGGAUGAUAUGAUUUCCUCAAUCGAGUCGGAUAUAUUCUCCAAAAGACUUGGUUCGCAUGAUGCCGUGCAUUUUCUUUUUGAGAAAAUGCAAAACAACGAUACACCACUCUUGAUUAGACAAGCCAUCAACACGGUCUUCAGCAGACCAUCGCUACGACAAAAGAUUGAGAAGGAGUGGAAUCUGUACCCUGAUUAUGCCGAUGCGAAACGCCAUCAACAUGAGAUUAACAAAGGCGCCCCCUAUGACCUCGCCUCGUGGUCUAUUGAACAUUGCCCUUCGUGCUUCAACAAUCUUCUGGAUUAUGACAUGAUUCAGCCCUCUUCAUUCUCCAAGACUGGAUAUAACUUCUUUUGGCUUGCACUUAGGAGUGAAAGGCAUGACCUGAUGGAGCGCCUGGUGUGCUUGAUGGAUCCCCAAUUUCUUCUUGAGCCCUUCUCAGUGAGAGAAGCAGAGAAAUACCGUGAUACAAUGUUUCAGAUCUCUACAUGGAAUCGGACAUGGUUUGCCGUCUGCUGGGCACGACUUCGGUCAUCGCCACACUGCAGGGCUGGUCUAGCUUCACUUGGGGAAAGGGAAAUUGAGAACAUAUUUCGGCAUGUCGACAUCGGUGUUGCAAACCAAUUACUGGAAGCAGACUUAGACAUUGGAGAGCCCUUCUUAGGCAAUGCGUCCCCUGUUUGGCUGACAAUUGUUCAUCGGGUUGACCCAGAGCCAAUGUUAACCUGGCUAUUAAACCGCGGCCACCUGCCCCCUCCAAAAUUCCUGAUAUAUGCUGUGACACACAAGUCUAUCCCUACAACAAAGUGGAUUAUGCAUCAUGUUUCAUUGACCGAAGAUUGGCGCGACGCUAUCUGUGUGGCCGCAGAGGGUACAGACUGCACAAGCGCGCAACUGAUGUCAAUCAUUCUGCGGGUAUCAGUACCAAAAUUGAGAACAUGCCCAACUAUGUCUCAAAAUAUGGUCAUAAAGAUUGUCAAUGGAGUGUGCCAGGAAAAAAAGAGUCUUGACGAAUCCUCAUUUCCCCCUAAUAAUGCCUGGAAGAAGACCGUUGAGGCGCUAGAACGUGGCGCGGUCCAGAAGAUCAAAUCUUUGGGUGAGGUAGUUGGGAAAGUUGAGGUCCUCGGUGCCAAAUUGGCAGCAGAAGAUGCUGGGUUUUGCCAGCUUUCAGAAUCUCUGAGCCUCAUGGGGAACGAAGAUAUACUAAAUUGA